GCGCGUGCUUGAAACUGUUUCCAAGGUAAUUAUUGUGACUCUUUGAUUGUCAACAAUGCCGCCUAAAGCGAAGGGUAAAAGAGGUGGAAAGGAUCAAAAAAAGGAGGAAGAAGAGGCUGCAAGAGCAGAAAGCUCUGAACCAACCGAUGCGGAAGUUGCUUUACAGAAAGAAUACGCUGGUUUAAAAGUGGAAUUAGAAGAAUUAAAGAAAAAGGUAGAAGAUUUACGUAAUGAAAAUAAAUGGCUUGAAGACGAGGCGAAAGUUGUUCGCUAUGAAACUCACCAAUAUAUGUCAUAUAUGUCUAAGAAAACAAGCAAAAGACAAGAAGAGAUUAUUACAUUAACGGAUGAGAAUCAACGACAAAUUAGAAUGUUUCAAAAGCAAAAAAAGGAAAUGUUGGAAGAGUAUGCUAGACAAAAACAAAAAUUAAAUGAACUUUUAUUGGAAAAAGAAAAGAUAUUGAAACAAACUGAAAGGGAACUUGGCGAUUUACAAGAAUAUAAAAAUUUAAGGGACGAACAACUGCAAGAGAUUAAAAGAUUGGAAAAAAAAGUUGUUUUAGUCAGAGCAGAACAUUCAAAAAAGCUUUCACAACUUAAAGCUAAAUUCUUACAAGAAAGGAACCAUCAGCAAGCUGCUAGCGACAAACAUAUCACUACAAUAGCAAAACAAGCGUCUAGGGAUGCAGAAGCAUGCUUGAACUCGCAUACAGCUAAAAUUAAAGAAGAAAACAGAAGUCUUAGACAUGAAUUAUUACUUUUAAUAAGAAAAGCACGAGCUUUACACGAGCACAAAAGUUAUUUGCAAGCUCAGAAAAAGCAAUUACUGGCUGAACAACAAUACGCUAAUGACCUAAAGAAAUUAAGAGCAGCAAAACAACAAAAGUUAUUAAAAAAGCAAGGAUUAGUUGAUAAUGAAAGUGAAAAGGAUGAAGAUUGAUUAACUCUUUUUUGUUUGUUGUUUUUCAUUUUCUACUUGGACAAAAAAGACUAAAAUUUAGGUUUUUUUUAUAAAUUCAUUACUUUUAAUAAAAAUAUAAUUCACUCAUCAAA